AUGAAACCAUCUGCAUAUAAGUGCAUACACUUCAGUCCUGGCGAAGGGUGUCUGAGAAAAAGUUCUGCAAAUGCAGCCCUGGGGAAUCUGCCCCAGCCACUCUCCUCACUCGCCCUGCUCUGCAACUGCCUCCAGGUGAUUGUCGCUUCUCUGCAGGAUGGAUCCACGUGCAGUUACAACUCUCAGGACCGCGCUGCCAACUGCACAUCCGUCGUGGUGGUCCCAGUGGGGAACGAGGUGGCCCUGGAGCAGGCUGUGGCAACCAUUGGGCCGGUUUCGGUGGCCGUGGACAGCAGGAGCUUCUACUUCCAUUUCUACAAGUCAGGGGUGUUUGACAGCUCCUCGUGUACCCAGCUGGUGAGCCACGCCAUGCUGGCUGUUGGUUAUGGGACGCUCCAGGACGGUGGGAACAACACGGCUUAUUGGAUCCUAAAGAACAGCUGGUCUGAGAAAUGGGGAGAGCAAGGCUACAUGCGAUUGGUGAAAGGCACUGGCAAUCACUGUGGCAUAGCCAAUCAAGCCAGCUACCCCGCCCUGUAAGCUUCUCAAGAGCCAGAAUCCCACCCCUCCUGACCUGCCCCACCUGAACCUGUUGCACAGCUGUGAAUCCUCAGUUGCUGAACAUGCAAUUUCACGUUCUCUGAGAAAAGCUGAAAUUGCAAAGGAAAUCAUGUACAGUGGUACCUCGGGUUAAGAACUUAAUUCGUUCCGGAGGUCCGUACUUAACCUGAAACUGUUCUUAACCUGAAGCACCA